AUGAUCAGCGCAUCCCGUCCCGGCACAACCUCCGCCUCGGGCCUCCCCGCCCCGGAGGUCCGCGAGGAAAUCACCGCCCGCCUCGGCGACCUCGUCUCGGCCCUCGAGGCGCACCCGUCGUGGACGCCGCCCUCUCCCCCGCGCGGCCUCUUCCACGUAUGGGACUUUGUCUGCCGUUCCCGCUACAUCAUGACCGAGCUUGACAACAUCUACGCCGGAAGGCCGACUAAGCACCCGGAGCAGAUUCCCAAGCACGACCGUGCCACCUCAGGCCCCCAAGCCGCCGCCCUCUCCUUCCACGACGUCCUCUCUCGCUCCAUCACCAUCGACGAGAUGAUCCAUAACCCCCGCAUGCUCGUCAUGCUCGGUUUAUCCAACAUUGACUUUGGCGACAACGUCCGAGACAAGUCACGUGCCCUCAAGGAGGCCUUAGCCAAGGCCGAUUGA